AUGGCCCACAUCGAAAACCGCCUGGUGUAUGCCUACGAUGCCGAACAGCUCUGGGUUGAGCCAUGGGGCAAAGGCUUGCGCGUCCGCGCUACCAAGAUGAGCUCCAUGCCCACCGAGAACUGGGCUUUGGAAGAGCCGUCUUCGACUAAACCAGAGAUAUGCAUUGAAAAGACCUCUGCAUCUAUCGUCAACGGCAAGAUCAAGGCCUUCGUCACCGCUGGCGGCAAGUUGACAGUCUUCAACUCCGAGGGGACACUGCUGCUUGAAGAGUACUCCCGCAACUUGCACGAUUUGGCCGACCCGAAAUGCAGUUCGCUCAACAUCGAUGCUCGCGAGUUCAAGCCCAUCGUAGGUGGCGACUACCACUUGACGGCCCGGUUUGAGAGUCUGGAUCCCAAGGAGAAGAUCUUUGGCUUUGGCCAGUAUCAGCAGCCGUAUCUCGACUUGAAGGGAACCCAGCUCGAACUGGCUCAACGAAACUCUCAGGCCAGCGUUCCCUUUGCCGUAUCCUCCCGCGGAUACGGUUUCUUGUGGAACAAUCCUGCCAUUGGAAACGCCAUAUUUGGCAAGAACAUCAUGAGUUUCGAGGCCCUAUCCACCAAGUCCCUCGAUUACUGGAUCGUGGCUGGAGACGCCCCUGCAGAAAUUGUUCAGGCCUACGCAGACGUAACAGGCAAGGUUCCCAUGAUGCCAGAGUUCGGACUGGGGUUCUGGCAGUGCAAGCUGCGUUAUCAGACGCAAGAGGAACUUCUCGAGGUGGCGCGAGAGUACAAGAAGCGCAAGCUGCCCAUUGAUCUCAUCGUUGUGGACUUCUUCCAUUGGCCCAAGCAGGGCGACUGGCGGUUUGAUCCUACGUAUUGGCCGGAUCCAGACGCCAUGAUCCAGGAACUCAAGAGUUUAGGCAUCGAACUCAUGGUCUCCAUUUGGCCCACGGUCGACAAGCUCUCUGAAAACUAUGAAGAGAUGCUUGAAAGGGGAUUUCUCAUCCGGGCAGACCGUGGGGUCCGCACUGGUCUCGACUUCCAAGGCGACACUAUCUACUACGACACGACCUACCCCGGAUCCCGGGAGUAUGUGUGGGACAAGGUUAAGAAGAACUACUUCUCCAAGGGCAUCAAGGUCUUUUGGCUCGACGAGGCAGAGCCAGAAUAUCGGGUCUAUGACUUUGAGAAUUACCGCUAUCACCUUGGUCCCAACGUCGCCGUCGGAAACAUCUACCCGCGCGAGUACGCCCGCGGCUUCUACGAGGGCCAAACCCGCGAAGGCCAGUCCAACAUCGUCAACCUGCUGCGCUGCGCCUGGGCCGGAAGCCAGAAAUUCGGCGCCCUCGUGUGGAGCGGCGACGUGGCGUCCUCGUGGUCAAGCUUCAGAAGCCAGUUGGCAGCAGGCCUGAGCAUGGGACUCGCUGGCAUCCCGUGGUGGACGACGGACAUUGGCGGCUUCCACGGGGGCGACGUCAACGAUCCGGCCUUCCACGAGCUGCUUAUCCGUUGGUUCCAGUGGGGUGCAUUCUGCCCUGUGAUGCGCUUACACGGCAAUCGGCUUCCCCAGCAGCCUCAGCAUGGCACGACUGGCGGCGCGGGAUGCCUCAGCGGUGCGCCCAAUGAGGUGUGGUCGUAUGGAGAGGAAGUGUAUGGCAUCUGUCGCAAGUACAUGGCCAUCCGCGAAGAACUGCGAGAGUACACCCGAGGCUUGAUGAAGGAGGCGCACGAGAAGGGGUCACCAGUGAUCCGGACACUGUUUUACGAAUUCCCCGAUGAUUCUGCGGCGUGGGACAUUGAGCAGCAGUAUAUGUACGGCGACAAGUACCUGUGUUGUCCUAUUCUAGAGCCUGGUGAGAGGAAAGUGAGCGUGUACUUUCCGGUGCUUCCUUCGGGUGGCAAGUGGAAGGUGUUUAAAGGGGAUGGAGAGUAUGAGGGCGGAAAUACUGUGGAGGUGGAGUGCCCGCUGGACACGAUGCCCGUGUUUGUUAGAGAGUAA